AUGGCGACUUUAUCCUCUUGGGUUUGUUCAGCAACACCCAUUUCCCCUGGCUUCUUUGCCCUCAUUCUCCUGGUCUUUGUGACCUCCAUAGCCAGCAACAUGGUCAUGAUUGUUCUCAUCCACAUGGACUCCCGCCUCCACACCCCCAUGUACUUCCUGCUCAGCCAGCUCUCCCUCAUGGACAUCCUGUACAUUUCCACCAUUGUGCCCAAAAUGCUGGUUGACCAGGUGAUGAGCCAGAGAGCCAUUUCCUUUGCAGGAUGCACUGCCCAACACUUCCUCUACCUGACCUUAGCAGGGGCUGAGUUCUUCCUCCUAGGAUUCAUGUCCUAUGAUCGCUACAUAGCCAUCUGCAACCCUCUGCGCUAUCCCGUCCUCAUGAGCCGCAAGAUCUGCUGGCUGAUUGUGGUGGCAGCCUGGCUGGGAGGGUCUAUCGAUGGCUUCUUGCUCACCCCAGUCACCAUGCAGUUCCCCUUCUGUGCUUCUCGGGAAAUCAACCAUUUCUUCUGCGAGGUCCCUGCCCUUCUGAAGCUCUCCUGCAUGGACACAUCAGCCUACGAGACAGCCAUGUAUGUCUGCUGCAUCAUGAUGCUCCUCAUCCCUUUCUCUGUCUUCUCAGCCUCUUACACAAAAAUUCUGAUUACUGUUUAUAGGAUGAGUGAGGCAGAGGGGAGGCGAAAGGCUGUGGCCACCUGCUCCUCACACAUGGUGGUUGUCAGCCUCUUCUAUGGAGCUGCCAUGUACACAUAUGUGCUGCCUCAUUCUUACCACACCCCUGAGCAGGACAAAGCUGUAUCUGCCUUCUACACUAUCGUCACUCCAAUGCUCAACCCACUCAUUUACAGCUUCAGGAACAAGGAUGUCACAGGUGUCCUACAGAAGGUUGUGGGCAGAUGUGUGCCCUCAGGAAAGGUGACCACUUUCUAAAGAAAUUGCAUAUGCUGCUAGAGGUUUGAAGUGAAAGAUACAAGACUUUAUCAUUGCCUUUGAAUUUAAACAUUCUCUGUCUGGAAACAAGUCACCCCAGCAACUGUAGGGCAUUUAUGGGAUUUGGAAAGCUGACAGAUUUUGAAGAUUUUAUCAUUCUUUGAAAGGUAUGAUGGUUCUGAACAACGGACAGUUUGGAAUGGGAUAGGAAUAAAGUUGUGGGUUUAGUAGUCACCCAUCAGCUUUUGACCAAGUGUGCAUUCCACUAAAAAUCAUGGAGUAGUCUGUUUCUGGCUAUGUUCAGUCAUGACAGAAGACAUGAUCAUCUUCAGCUACGUCCAUGACUUCUGACUUUUCCCCUUUAGACACUCUGUCCAUUGACUAUUAUAAAUAAUCAACUCAUCAAAUAUCAUUUCGAUUGUAUUUCAAAUAUAGUGGUCACCAUCUUAUCCUCACAGGCUAUGUUCUAAGACUCCCUGUGGAAACCUGAAACCAUAGUUUAGAACCUGAUUGUUGUCAGUCACAACACAUAUUUGCUCAUCUUCUACCAUAA